AUGCCGCCUAUUACCUUUAGGGACGACGAUUUUCAGGCUGUUGACCCUCAACAUGAUGAUCCGAUGGUCAUGUCGGUGGAAAUUGAAGACUUCGCUGUCAGAAAAACCCUUGUGGAUCAAGGAAGUUCGGUAGACAUCCUCUAUUGGAGAACUUUCAAAAAGUUGAAAAUUUCAGAAGAAGACAUUCAACAUUAUUCAGAACCCAUAGUUGGCUUUUCAGGUGAGAGGGUGGACACGAAAGGCUAUAUCGACCUCUUCACUAAAUUUGGAGGAGGAAAGGUGACGAGGACGGUAAAGAUCAGGUACCUCAUCGUCGAUGCGCACACAUCAUAUAACAUAUUAUUAGGAAGGCCCUCUCUUAAUACGUUGGGCGCAGUCGUUUCCACAUAUCACUUGGCAAUGAAGUUUCCUUCCGCAUCUGGAGAUAUCAUCACCAUACACGUGGACCAACCUACUGCUCGUAAGUGUUAUGCGGAUAGCUUGAGAGGACGACCUAGGUCACCACCAAAACGCGCAGUACACAAUAUUGAGAGAACAUCGAGGAUUGAGGGCGCAGACUUAGAUCCUCGCUUCAAUGAUGACACACGGGUCGAACCGGUUGAGGCCACAGAGAGACAUGACUUCGGGGACGGGGUCAGGUACACCUACACUGGUAAGGCGUAUGCAGAUGUCGAGGAGCUGAAGCAGACGUUGAACGAGCACGCCGAUUUGUUUGCAUGGAGCGCAGCCGACAUGCCUGGAAUCGACCCUCGAAUUGCUUGCCACAAACUGUCUGUUUAUACAGAAGCAAAAUCGGUCGCUCAAAAGAGGCGAAAAAUGGGGGAAGAAAAGAGAGAAGCAACCAAGAUUGAGGUACAGAAACUGCUCUCCGCGGGCUUUAUCACAGAGGCUAAGUAUACCACUUGGUUGGCCAACGUGGUAUUGGUCAAAAAGCCCAAUGGCAAGUGGCGGAUGUGCACGGACUACACAGACCUUAAUAAGGCUUGCCCCAAAGACACUUAUCCUUUACCCAGCAUCGACCGGCUUGUCGAUGGAGCAGCUGGCCAUAGGGUACUUAGUUUCUUGGAUGCCUAUUCGGGUUACAACCAGAUACCUAUGUACGCAGGUGACAAGGAGAAAACAGCUUUCAUCACAGAGGAAGCCAAUUUCUACUAUGAGGUAAUGCCCUUUGGUUUGAAAAACGCAGGAGCGACGUAUCAGAGAUUGAUGGAUCGGGUUUUCAUCAUGAUUGGAAAAUGCAUGGAGGUUUACGUAGAUGACAUGGUGGUGAUGUCCGAUUCGUUAGAACAACACAUAAUAGACCUUAGGGAGGUGCUACAUGCAGUACGCCGAUAUGACAUGCGUUUAAAUCCAGAGAAGUGCGUGUUCGGAGUCACAGGAGGGAAAUUCUUAGGGUUCAUGUUAACACACCGAGGAAUUGAGGCUAACCCAGACAAGUGCCAAGCGGUACUAAGUAUGCGUAGUCCUGCAAACAUCAAGGAGACACAGAGGUUGGUCGGACGUUUAGCAGCACUGUCGAGAUUCAUGCCAACAUUAGACGAGAAAACACAGCCCAUGCUUAAACUGAUGAAGAAGGCUUGUAAGUUCGCGUGGGAUGAAGCCUGUGAGCACGCAUUUGUUAAACUGAAAGAAUAUAUGUCCUCACCCUCGAUAUUGCACAAACCCGCAAAAGGUAAACCACUUUUAAUAUAUCUAGCUAUUUCUAAUAACGUCGUAAGCACUGCUAUAGUCCAGGAACACGAUGGACAGCAACAACCUGUUUACUUCAUCAGCAGAGUUCUGCACGAUGCUGAGCUGCGCUACCAGACGGUGGAGAAGGUGGCAUUGGCAUUGGUAGUCACAACCAGAAGAUUACGGCCGUACUUUCAGAGCUAUGAGGCCAUAGUGCGAACCGACUACCCAAUACACAAAAUGCUGAGGAGACCCGAUCUGGCGGGCCGAAUGGUGGGAUGGUCAGUUGAGUUGUCCGAAUUUCACAUUCGCUGCGAAGCGAGAGGAGCAAUCAAAGCCCAAUGUCUGGCUGACUUUGUUAACGAGCUAGCUGGACAAACAGAGCCGAACGAUAACACAUGGACACUUUUUGUGGACGGCUCCUCUAAUACCAAAGGUGGAGGGGCUGGCAUAGUUUUGCAAGGACCAAACAAUCUUCUUCUUGAGCAAUCCUUGCGGUUCGGAUUCAAGCCCUCAAACAAUCAAGCGGAGUAUGAAGCAUUGAUUGCUGGACUGCAUUUGGCAGCAGAUAUGGGCGUCGAGAAUCUCACGUGCAAAUCCGACUCACAACUCCUGGUGGGACAUAUGGAUGGCAGUUUCCAGGUGAAAGAUCCUCUCCUCAUCCGCUAUUACCAUGUCGUAAAAGGAAUGUUGGCACAAUUUAAAACAGUACGGCUGGAACACAUUAAUCGAGCGCAGAACUCCAGAGCAGACUUACUCUCUAAGUUAGCCACGACUAAGAUAAAGGGACAACAUCACACAGUAACUCAUGCUACACUCAGUCAACCCACUGUCACCAUGAUAGAUAGCAAUGUCACAGAGGUAACAAAAACAGAGGACAAGGGGUGGAUGGUUCCCAUAGUUCAAUUCAUACAGCAUGGUGAGGACAGCGGGACUGACGACCCCGCAAUCAGGAAGAAGGCUUCGCGGUUCAUGCUCAUAGGCGGUGAAUUAUAUAAAAGAGGAUUUUCCAACCCCCUCUUAAAAUGUGUAGCCGAAAAUCAAACGCAAUACUUGAUGGAUGAAUUGCACACAGGCAUUUGUGGUUUUCAUUCCGGCUCGAGAACCAUGGCGUCCCGCAUCUUGAGAGCAGGGUACUAUUGGCCUACCCUCAAGACGGAUUGUGACAAAUAUGUUCAACGAUGCACUCGCUGCCAGCAGCAUGGCAAUCUCCUACACGCAAAGCUAGAAGAACUUCAUACCAUUAUGUCCCCGUGGCCUUUUGCUAUGUGGGGUAUGGACAUCUUAGGACCUUUCAGUCCUGGGAGGGGACAAGUCAAGUUUUUGCUUGUGGCAGUCGAUUAUUUUACCAAAUGGAUCGAAGCAGAACCCCUCGCUACGAUCACGGCUCAGCAGGUACAAAAGUUCGUUUGGCGUAAUCUAAUCUGCAGAUUUGGCGUUCCAAAAACCAUCAUAACAGACAAUGGGCGACAGUUCAUUGAUAAGGGGCUGGCUGACUUUUAUAAAGGACUCCACAUUCACCAUGUUACUAGUUCGGUAGAACAUCCGCAGAUGAAUGGCCAAGCAGAGGCCGUAAACAAAGUCAUAUUGAAGGAAUUAAAGAAACGACUCGGGGAGGCAAAAGGUACCUGGGCCGACGAACUACUAGAAGUUUUGUGGGCCUAUCGCUGCACCCCUCAAUCCACGACUAAGGAAACACCCUAUAGCUUGACAUACGGUGUUGAUGCGAUGAUUCCUAUUGAAAUCGGCGACACUUCACUGAGACGACGGCUCUUUGAUGUUAACCUUAACAACGAGAGCAUGCUCAUCAACCUAGACUUGCUCCAGGAACUCAGGGAUCGUAGUUGCAUUCGGGAAGCAGCAUCCAAGGCUCGAGCUCAACGCCGUUACAACUCUAAAGUCAAGCAUCGAUCGUUUCAUCAAGGAGAUUUGGUUUGGCGGAUGGCUAGCAACGCACGAAAAAAGGAAGGUAAAUUCUCUCCCAACUGGGAGGGCCCAUUUCGCAUCCGUGAGGUCGUUGGCAAAGGAGCUUACCGCCUGGAAUAUCUAUCUGGGAGCACUAUACCAGCAACUUGGAAUUCGUCACAUCUAAAAUUUUAUUAUAGUUAA